AUGUGUUCACGUACAACUUUCCACCCAUGGGCCAAAUCGGAGGCGAGACCGGAGUUGUACUCCCGAACCUUGACCACGCCCGAGUUUGUUCUCGCCAUGCUCAAUGAGUAUGCCCUGGGCCAAAGCUGCCCAUCUCUAGGGGUGACUGUCUCGGUCGACCGCUCUGUGCCUUCCACGCUCGAUAUCCAGACACUCAGUUCGCGUCUAGAGCAGGCCUUCAUAGCUACGCGAUGGACUCAUCCGACAGUGGCGAUCCAGGUCAGGGGCAGCAAGGAAAUGAUUUAUCGUGUCCACGAUGCAGAGGGGGUGGCCACCUGGGCCAAGCGCACGGUGCAGUAUGUAGAAGCACCAGGGGGCUGGCUCGCCAAGUACGAACAAUUGAGUCGCGAGGCUGUCUUGCCCACGGCUAUCGGCGAUUCUGCGCUUCUCCAUCUCGUUAUGAGUCCUGAACAAGCUAGCAAGUCGCAGAUCACCGAAUUCGACCUACUUCUUCACGUCCACCACUCUCUCGUGGACGGUGCAGGUCUCAGGACCAUCAUGAAUUAUAUCCUGACAGAGCUCGCCACCUCUGAUUCGUCAAUCUCUUUCUCAUGGGGCGAGGAGGGAGACAGUCUUCAACCGGCGGCUCUAGACGCUGCUCCCAUCUCCAACGAAUUAUUGAAGUCACUGGCGCAGAUGCCAAAGGAGAUAUCCCUCCCGCCGUUAGUGAAGCCUGACGAAGCGAGGCGAGGGACAGGCGUUGUGACCUAUACUAUUCCAAACGCUCAUAAUGGGGAGACGGAAUUUCUCAGCCAUCUUAGGACGCGGGCCAGGGCCAACAACGUCCGGCUGGCUGCCACUAUCCAAGCCGCACUGGUCAUCACUCUCUACGACGAGGUCAAGCCCACUGAGGACAAGGUCGCCACCGUCAUUUCCGGGGUUGACUUGCGGGCGAGGGAUCUGAACAAGCCGUGGGGCGAGCGCAACAGGUUUGUCGGUUUCGCGGUUGGUCUGUUGGAGAUUAUACGGACACCCGUGUCCCUGCUCGAGGACCUAGAGGGCGAAGAGCGUUUCUGGACGGUUGCGCAGCAGAUUCAGAACGAAUGGAACGCGGUUUCUGAGCGCCAGGAUGUGGCAGCAUUAGGUGAGCUUCGUCGACCAGCAACAGCGUUCGUUCUCCAGAUGGCUCUGGCCGGCGUCAACAAGUCAUCCCCGAAGUUGGAUAUGAGUGUCAACUAUGUGUCGGAUCCGCCAGGGGACAACCAGUUUGAUGGCGUCUAUCAGGACGAGCAGAGCAGGUUCAAGCUCGCAAGGUAUCAGCUCGUGACGGAUGAGAGCACGCCCAGGCUAUCAUGUCGGUCGCACUCGUGGAAUGGCGAACUUGUUCUGGGGAUCUCCUUCAGCUACAAGCACCACACAAGAGACGCUGUUCAGGGCUUCUUGGACAAGUGGGCGCGCUUGGUCGAGUCGCUUGGGCAGAGUGAUACGACUGGUAUUUCGGGAGACGUGACCGAUCACAACGAUUCGUGA